AUGGGAACUCUUCUCAUCAGUAAGAUCUGUGAGGAAUAUCCGGACAGGAUCAUGAUGACAUUCUCUGUGGUAUCUUCACCAAAACUGAUGGAGAACACGGAUGAGAUAUACUGCAUUGACAAUGAGGCCCUCUAUGACAUCAGGACCUUGAAACUGACCUCACCAACAUAUCGCAACCUCAGUCACCUGGUCAGUUCCACCAUGUCGGGUGUCACAACAUGUCUGAGAUUCCCUGGCCAGUUGAAUGCUGACUUGAGAAAGCUGGCGGUCAACAUGGUGCCAUUUCCACGGUUACAUUUCUUUAUGCCGGGAUGUUUGUUUGAUGCCAAGAACAUGAUGGCCGCCUGUGAUCCCCAUCAGGGGAGGUACCUAACUGUUGCUGAAGUGGAUGAACAGAUGUUGAAUGUCCAGAACAAGAACUCCUCUUAUUUUGUUGAGUGGAUUCCAAACAAUGUGAAGACAGCAGUUUGUGACAUUCCACCUCGUGGUUUGAAGAUGAGUUCUUCUUUCAUUGGGAACAUCACAGCAAUCAAAGAAUUGUUUAAAAGAGUGUCUGAUCAGUUUGCAGCCAUGUUCCGUCACAAGGCCUUCUUGCAAUGGUACACAUUGGAGGGCAUGGAUGAAAUGGAGCUCACAGAAGCUAAAUCCAAUCCAACAUGA